AUGAAGCUAUGUGAUAAUAAAUUAAUGUUGUUUUUCAGGUUCUUCCAUUUAUGUGCCCUUUGCCUCUAUGCACAGGUGACCAUUCAGUCCCCGCCUAAUUUUACGCAGCAUGUGAAUGAGCAGUGCAAGCUUACUGACCGGAUGAGUCGUAGGGUCAUUCGAACCUACCAGCUCUACAGCCGGACAAGUGGCAAGCACGUGCAAGUUCUUGGAAACAGGAAAAUCAAUGCCAUGGCUGAAGACGGGGAUGUCCAUGCCAGGCUCAUCGUGGAGACGGAUACGUUCGGGAGCCGGGUUCGAAUACGAGGAGCGGAGACGGGGUAUUACGUCUGCAUGAACCACCGGGGGAAACUGGUGGGCAAGCGCCGCGGCCGGGGGAAGGACUGCAUCUUCACGGAGAUCGUGCUGGAGAACAACUACACGGCCCUGCGCAACGCCGAGCACCAGGGCUGGUACAUGGGCUUCACACGCCGGGGCCGGCCCCGCAAGGGCACCCACACGCGGCAGCACCAGAGGGAGGUGCACUUCAUGAAGCGCCCGCCCCGGGGCCCGGGCCACGGCGAGGGCCGGAGGCCCUUCCAUUUCAUCAACCACCCUCUCGGCAGGAGGACUAAACAUGUCCGCCAUUCGGGAGAGAGCUGA